AUGGAUCACAAUUCAAGAAUUUAUUCUGAAGAAAAGAUUGAGCUGUCACAAGAUAGUAUAUUGACAGUUGAACAAACAAACUCACUACAGCCAACCGAUGAACCUCCUCCUCGUAAAUUCCUUUGGUGGAUUCCUCUUCAACAUCAUGUUCAUCCUUUGCAAUUCUUUGCUUUUAUCUUUGCGGUAUUCCUUUCGUUAUCUUGUAUCGUCUAUAUUGCUGGAACUCAACCUCAAAUCUUAAUGGGUAUUCUUGCUGUUUAUACCAAUACAGGAGAUAUCACUGGAUCACUUUCCUUAUACGCGGAAAUAGUUGCCGUUAUUGGCGUCAUUUUCUGGUCCAUGGCUUCGGAUACUAUUGGACGCAGAGGUGUUAUGAGUUGCUCUAUCUUGCUCAUGGGCCUUGCCAUUGUUUGUUAUCCUCAUGUAAAAAGCGUUUAUCCUAGUCUACUUAUUCUCAAGCUAUUGUUCUCGAUUGGGUCUUCAGGAUCUACUGCCAUGAUGGUAGCCAUGAUGAUGGAAGUUGCUUAUGGAAAAGGUGGCCUUGUAUCUGGCUGUAUUGGCAUUGCUUCUGGACUUGGUGCUACAUUUGCUGCCUUGUGUCUUUUUAUGGUCCCUGCCUAUUUAUCGAUAGCUCACCCAGGGGGUAACCUUGGCAUUAUAUACUCACACGCUAUCAUUGGAGGUUGCAGCAUGGUCUUGGCUAUUGUUUUAUUUUUUGCUAUGCCUAAGGACUCUUGUACUCGUCCACCUGUCAAUCACUUUAAAGCCUACGGUUCCAAGUUAUAUCGUGGUAUCCUAGCUGCUAAAGAACCACGUGUGGCCCUUGGAUACGCUUCUAGUUUCUUUGCCCGCGCUGAUGAAAUUAUUAUUUCCAACUUUUUAUCACUUUGGGUACAAAAAUACUAUAUCGAAAAGGGCAUGUGUAGCGUAGGAAAAACAUGCCUUUAUUCCAUGGCCUCAUCAUCUACAUUAUCAGGCUACUCACAGCUUGUUGCUCUUGCAGCCACACCUUUUUUUUCACUUGCUUCAGAAUAUCUUCCUAAAGAAUGGGCCGUAUUUAUUGCUGGCGUUGUGGGCGCUUGUGGAUGUAUUCCUUUUGCGUUCUCUAUCGAUCCUACAACGAAACUGUCUUUGGGUUUUGUUAUUUUGAUUGCCUGUGGCCAAUAUGGUAUGAUUAUCUCUGGAAUGGCGAUGGUUGCUGGCAAACAUGUCGACAGAAAAGAUAAUGCUGCUGUAUCUGCCUGUUAUUCGUUUAUUGGUGCUAUUGGUAUCAUCAUUCUGUCUAAAGUAGGCGGUGUUUUGUUUGAUAAAUGGAUGAAGGGUGCUCCUUUUUUACUUUUAGGAAUCGGCCACGCUUUAGUUUGCAUCAUGUCAAUUAUUGUCUAUUUACAGCGAGCUAUAAUAGAAAGAACGAGAAAAAGGAACAACUAA